CCCGAUCUUGCCAGUUGAGCGCGUCAAAAUGCACAACCAUUUGCAAUUAUCGCUUGACUACCCCAACAGAUUGUAUGCACCGGGCGACUCGAUAACUGGAACUGUCACCGGCUGGGACCCGAGUAGCAAAAGCUCGGUGUAUCUCAUUCUCGAAGGUCGCAGCAAGUCAUAUCUUCGGUUCAAAGGGAGUUUCGACUUCCGCUACAGGGAUCGAAGUCCGUUAUUGUACCAAGUCAUCCAGUUAAAACCGGCGAGCAGCGGAAAGAGCACAGAUGGGAGAUUUACGCUCACAAUACCAGAAACAACACAGCAAGGCCUUUCCAAAGUCACCGAAUUGACAAAAAAGCACCAUUACUGGACGCAUUCGUGGCCCAAGAACGAAGACUUUGAGCUCGAUCCCGGAUACGCGUUACCGCCAUCUAUGAUCCAGCCGAAGCGGAUUAAUCACGGGGCAGCGCAGGACGAAUAUGGCUGGGGCCACGUUCGAUAUACGAUCACAGCGAUACAGUCAGAACCAGACAAGAAAAAGAAAGCGAAGGUGACGGGCUCAGCACUGAAGGUGGUGUGGGUGACGACAGCGCGGAUGUCCAUAGACGCGUAUGAGCAAAGGAGGGCAGAGGAGUCGGUGUGCAAGGAGCAGAUAUUGAUGGUCGAAACGCUACGCCUUAACCCUGCUGUUGGAAACCGGAAACUAUCGUUCAGGGAGUCGUUCAAAGGCGCCUUCUCAACAAAGCCCAGUCUGCAUUUUUUGCCGAUUAUUGCCGUUCCCAAGCUAGUGGUUGCUGGAAGUGAUAUUACGCUGUCGGUCUGCGUGCGCGCAAUGCCGAUUAAUUCUAAGAAGCCAGAUCAGUUGGGGUACGGCUUCCCUCUUCCGCCUAUUACGCUGGAGCAAAUCACGUUGCGUCUUAAAGACAGCACCAGAAUCCGCUGCAAGGGGAAUGUGGUGACAUCCGAAUACUGUGGCGAGUUUGCGGACGUGGUGGUUGCUAACCAGACGUGGGAGACGAAAUACGUAUUCUAUCCGACAGACGAUAAUCAAGCGUAUGCGUAUGAACCAUGCUUGAUAGACCUCAAAAUCCCUGCAUCUUGCACGCCGACCUUUCGGACCUGCAAUUUCCGGAAAAAGUGGUAUAUUAAGGGUGACGCGGUGUUUAGUUGUAUGUCGGAGAACCUCAAGACAUCGUUCCGAUGCGAUGUGGAUAUCAUCUCGAAGCCACGGCGGUGGAAUGCAGUUGGCGAUAACCAUGGUGAUAUAUCAGGAUUACUAAUGGUAGGAGAGGAGGAAGAUGAAGAUGCUAUCAUCACCAUGGACAAGGCUACAGCAUAG